CCCUCUCUCUCUCUCUCUCUCUCUCUCUCUCUCUCUGGAAUCUUCUUCGAUCGUUGAAAAUUGAUUCCAAUUGAACCAGAGAAGCAAUAAAGCUCAGAUCUUUGCAGCUCUCAAACAAACUCCAAUCAGUGAGUGAAAAACCCUUUUCUUUUCUGGAUUGGAUUGCAAAGGCUGUGAUAUAUAAUGGAGGAUGUCCAGGAGCAGCAAAGUCAAUCACUUGGUCAAGAUGGUGAAAACGAAAUAGUCAUUGAAAAUGCUGCAUCUGUUCAUGGGGAACCUCCUCAGGAUGCUAAUGGCCCCCCAAAAGUUGAUUCCAAGGAAGAAAUUCUUCAAGACAAAGUCAAGAAGCAAAUCAUUAAGGAAGGCCAUGGUCCGAUACCAUCCAAAUAUUCGACAUGCUUCUUGCAUUACAGGGCAUGGACUGAAAGCACACAGCAUAAGUUUGAAGACACGUGGGACGAACAACGACCACUUGAAAUGAUUUUAGGAAAAGAGAAAAAAGAAAUGACCGGCUUGGCUAUUGGCGUAUCCAGCAUGAAGGCUGGAGAACGUGCCCUAUUACAUGUAGGCUGGGAGUUGGGAUACGGAAAAGAAGGAAACUUUUCUUUCCCAAAUGUUCCACCCUCAGCAGAUAUAUUGUAUGAAGUUGAGCUUAUUGGAUUUGAUGAGACCAAAGAAGGGAAAGCUCGCGGUGAUAUGACUGUGGAGGAGAGGAUUGGAGCAGCAGAUAGAAGAAAGAUGGAUGGAAAUGCUUUAUUUAAGGAGGAAAAACUGGAGGAGGCUAUGCAACAGUAUGAAAUGGCAAUAGCAUAUAUGGGUGAUGACUUCAUGUUCCAAUUGUUUGGGAAGUACAGGGACAUGGCUUUGGCUGUUAAAAAUCCAUGCCACCUUAACAUGGCAGCCUCCCUCAUAAAGCUUAAGCGAUAUGAAGAAGCCAUUGGACAGUGCACUGUUGUACUGACAGAAGAUGAAAACAAUGUCAAAGCCCUAUUUAGGCGAGCAAAAGCCAGAGCAGAGCUUGGGCAGACAGAUGCUGCCCGUGAAGAUUUUCUAAAGGCACGUAAGUUUGCUCCUCAAGACAAAGCUAUUGCAAGAGAGUUACGCCUGCUUGCUGAACAUGACAAGGCUGUUUAUCAGAAACAGAAGGAGAUCUACAAGGGAAUUUUCGGACCAACACCAGAUCCUAAACCCAAGCGAACUAAUUGGUUGAUCAUUGCUUGGCAAUGGCUGUUGUCAUUGUUCUACAGUAUCUUCAGGCGUGAGAAGCGAAAAGCUGAGUAGUCAAAACUCUUUCUUUUUUUGACCAAAGAGACUCUUGAAUUGUAACAUAAGUGAGGAGAUUACAUGAUUUGAAUAAACACUGAAGACUUGUUGUGAUCCUAAAGGUUCACUCAAUUGUGAGGGGAGGAUUCCAUUAAAUCUUGGAUGGCAACAGUUUUCGGUUCUAAGAUACAUGGACUGAAUGUAUGAUUCUAAACUUUUCGGCAGGAAUUUAUU